UUCACCAGCUUCCAAGUCUACAGUAGUAAGAAAUCAAACUCACCUUUUUAACUUGUUCAAAUAAUUCAUACAUACAUAUGAUUAUUAGUCCUGACUUUGUAUGAUCGUCGUCUAAACUCGCGAUUUAUAUAUAUAUAGCAACGGACCUGCAACUAAUCAAAUCCUCAUCGAUCGAUCAUGGAGUUUUCAAGCUUCAGAAAUUCUGCGCAACAGCAGGAAAUGAUGGAAGAAAGCUGUGCAGUACUGUUCCAGCAAUGGCCGAUCGACUCCCAAAUCGACGUCGACCUCGUCUCUAUCCCAUCGCCAUUCUGCCAAGAUUUCCAGCAGCAGCAGCAGCCUGUAGACAUUAAUUACUACGACCUUAACCCCCAUCAUCAUCAUCAUCAUCGAACACUGGACUUCACAAAACCCUCGCCAGAGUCGUCGCCAUCGGAGCUGAAAUCAGGCAGCAGCUGGAGUCCUAUGGGAAUUAUGGUUAAGCCGAAAGAGGAGAGAAUCUGCACAGUAAAUUUCUCAGCUUCUGACCACUCAUUUGGUAACCCCAAUUUUGUGCUGAAGCCAUGCCAAGGAGCUAAGAGAAUCUGCAGCAGCAGCAGCAGCAACAAUGGCAGACACUUGAGUCAAGCACAAGAUCAUAUUUUGGCCGAGAGAAGACGUCGAGAAAAGCUCAACCAGAGAUUCAUAGCUCUCUCUGCCCUCGUCCCAGGAUUGAAAAAGAUGGACAAGGCAUCGGUUCUUGGAGAUGCAAUAAAGUACAUGAAACAGCUUCAGGAGAAAGUGAAGGCACUUGAAGAGAAAAAUAAGAGCAAGACAAGCAUCGAAUCGGCUGUGCUUGUGACAAAACAUCAAGUAUUCGAUAAUUCAUCUUCUCGCGAUCCUCCUCUAAUCGAUAGGACACUGCCCGAAAUCGAGGCAAGAGUUUGCAACAAUGAUGUCCUCAUCAAUAUCCAUUGUGAGAAAAGGAAAGGGGUUGUGGAGAAAACUCUUGUCCAACUCCACAAGAUCCAUCUUACAGUUGUUAACAGCAGUGUUAUGACUUUCGGAGAUUCUGCUCUCAAUAUUGCAAUCGUCGCAAAGAAAGAUGAAGGAUUCAGCAUCGAUAUGAAGGAGCUCGUGAAAAAUAUACAUCACGGGCUCAAAGAAUGCACAUGAUAUGAAGGACCUCGUGAUACCGAUAAUUUCAGCUGCCUCAAUCAUUUGGGAAGUAAUAAUGUAAUCUCAAGCAGCUAAGUUCAUAUACAUAUACA